GAAGUUCACUUCCUAGUCGGGUCGGAGAAGGGUGUCGUUCCCCCUUUCGGACUUCGUAUUCUGGAAUAACGUCUCGGCUAGGCCUUCCUGUCUCUGCGGAUGCGGAAAAGGAGCGCUAUGGUGCCGUUUAGUUAGGAGCCUCGUCAGGUGCAACUUUUCCUUCCCGCUCAAUGAGGGCGACAGGACCUAAAAGGCGGUUCUGCCCUCCCAUUCAUAAAAAGAAGACAUCUUUCUAAGCGCGUAGACGUAUAUAUACAGUAAUCCCAAGCGAGGCUGCCUAGCAACAUGCAGUGCUUUCUCAUCAGUCAAGAUAAGCGACAUGAUCCAGUUCUUCUGCCUGAUGGUGUGACUGUAGUUCUGGGCAGGGGUCCAGAAACACUUGUCACUGAUAAGAAAUGUUCUCGAACACAAGUGGAGUUGCUGGCAAACUAUGCCUACCGGUCAGUUCGAGUCACACAGCGAGGGGUAAAUCCCACAUCUGUGGAAGAGAUACACCUGCAUUGUGGAGACAGCACAACACUCCAAGAAGGAGAGACUCUGUGCCUGGUAAAUGGACUGUAUCCUUAUUGCAUCCACUUUGAGCAAGAUGAUAACUCCACAAAGAAAAACCCGCUAGAAUUCUUCUGCAGUAAGCGGACUCAGAAGAAGACAGAAGAAGAUGGCAAGGCCCACGCAGUCAAACGUCUCAAGGCUUCCUGCCCUUCUGAAGAUGAGGAAGAUGAUGACUCAUUUGUAGCUGAGAAACUGAGGCAGCUGCAAGAGACGGCAGUGCGGGCAGCACAGACCCAUUCUUCUCCUCAGAAGCCUCUUUCAAAGCUGGCCCCCCAGCCCUCUGAUUCCUGGGAGGACCGGGGCAAGCUGCUGGUCUUCACCAAGAAAGGAGUAGUACCAAGUACUAAAGUGGCAGGGUUUGAUCUGGAUGGAACCCUUAUCACAACACAGUCUGGAAAAGUGUUUCCUACAAGUCCUGAUGACUGGAGGUAAGCACAGAGCUACAUACGAGGGAAGUAGAAGAGGGAGCAGGUUUGUAGACAGCCGGUCAGUUGGCGUGGCAGUUCAUUUAGAUGAGGAGCAGGGAGUGCUGGAUUUGAAACUCUCCUUAUCUCUGAAAUUGUGAAA